AUGCUGGGGCUGCUGCUCUGCCUGCUUAUCGCAUCAGUUGGCUGCAACACAAGACUACGACUGGACAGCCAAUUUGAGGAAAGACAAGCGGCAGGUGGGGUUGCCUUGACAACCAGGCCUCUCAUCUAUUACUGCCGCUCGCCCAACAUGGUGGUGUUCACCUGCUGGUGGCAUCCGCUCGCCAACCUGACGGAAGGGGAGGAGGUCAACUACGUGCUCACCUAUUCCAUAGACAAGGAGCCUAAAGGAGAGUGCCCGGACUAUAAGAGUGCUGGUGUCAACAGUUGCCAUUUUGACGCCAGCCACACAUUCGUAUGGAACAUCUACUGCAUGAAGGUCAAGGCUGUCACGGCACGUCAAAACUUUACUUCACCAGAACACUGCUUUGAUGUGGCCGACAUUGUUAAGACCGAAGCACCCAUCAACCUAACGUAUGAACUGAUGGAGGCCGGCGGGGACGAAAUGGGUCACGACGUGUUGCUGUCUUGGUCCUACCCGAGACCUGUGGACCUCCAGUACGGCUGGAUCACGCUGGUGCACGAGCUGAAAUACAGACGAGUUAGCGAGCCUGAUGAGUGGAAGUUCAAAGAGUCACUGCGAGAGCCUAAAGUCCAACUGCUCGGCCUUCCCAACGACGACUACGUGAUACGGGUGCGCUGCCGCUCGCAUAAUUACGGCCUCUGGAGCAACUGGAGCCAGCCGUUGAUGAUGAGCAUUCCCUCCCAGGCGCCAGCAGCAGACAAACUGCUGGUUCUGAUUCUGGUGACGAGCAUCAGCAUCGUGGCGCUGCUGGCCAUCGCCAUGCGUCUCUCGCCACAAUGUGUCAGAGUGAAAGACUACUUCUUGCCACCUAUUCCAAAACCGCGCAUUAUUGGCAUUGACUCGCUGCUUUUGAAGAAGGGGAAUUUAGAAGAAAUCAACCGCCACCUGAGCAGUUUCCACGGCUACUUUCCUCCCAGUAUCAUUGACACUGAAGUGUGGGAACCAGUACACCUCGACACCAUCCAUCUCACCGCUCCCAAAGAGUGCACCGUACCCACAGAGUCACCCGACCAGGUGAUGGAUGCCUUCACCGUCCCGCAGGACUUGCCCACCGGCGCCCACCAUCAACUCUCGACAACAUACGUACAAAGCCCAUACUGCGUGUCGCCUCCUCAAGGUUUCUCGUCAGCGCCUUGGCCUGCUAUCGUCAGCGUCCCAGGGAGCAGCUAUACCACAAUGGGACAGCCGAGUGCGCCCCCACAGGCACCCUCCCCUGUAUCCCCCCUACAGGAGCUCUACAGCUGCGUGAGGCUCAUGGACAACGACGGGUUGCAGUUGGUGCCGUGCCUGCCGCCAGCCUACUGCGAGCUCCCGCAACUGCCCAAGUUUAAUUUACACGAGAAGGAGGAAGAUGACGAAAAACUGGCCGAGCACCAAGCCCGAAAAGGAGAUGCAGCUCGAGCUAAUGAGAGCUGA